AUAGCAGGGCUGCAGAGGAGCUGUCCUUGGUACUGAGAGCGAGAAAUGGUGUGAGCGAGUGCAUGCAAGGGGGAAAGAGGAGGAGGGUGGAGGCGUGUUCUUUGUUUUGUGAAGCCUGAGUUAAUCUGCUGGGGCAUCCACUCAGAGAGGAGCCCCACAUCCGAGAACAAGCACUACCGUGAGGUACCCGGCACAGCCUGCGCUGUAGUGCAUCCUUCAUAAACUACAAAAAAAAAAGGUUUCACUUAAGAAGGUCUUUGCCUGAAUGUGCAUGGUUCAUCUCAGAAGACUGAAGGAGCUUUUUGUUUUGUUUUGCGCUGUAUAGGACUUUUAAAAGUGCAUGUGGACGGCAAUUAGGAAGGAUGCUUUUCUCAGGUUAUUCCAUUUAAUGUUGUUGCACUUUAGUAAGUGUAGCAUGUACAGAUGAAGAGGAGAGCAUCUUUCAGACUGGAGUUACGUACUUGCACAUAUCCAGGGGGCUGAAGGUUCUUCAGCUACACGGAGCUGCAGACAACCACUGUUUACGGCUACACUCUCCCUGCCUCCUGAUUUUAUGCAGGAAUUCGACUUUGCGGACUGGAUCAUGAUUUUGCAAUGGCCUGAAUCAUUUCUGUAGGACUGGAGUUGUAAUCUCAGGAUAUCAGUCAGGUUUUGUCCCACGUACUUUUGGGAGCCUAAUGGAUCUACCUGAACUGGUUGACACUGUAGCCUGCAGGGACAUAGUUCCUCUAAUACCCUUUUGGAAUGCCUGUAAGCAAUGAUUAACUCUAAAGAGGAAGAUUCACUAAUGUUUUUGCAGCAUGUUGAGGACUGUGGACUAAGAACAUAUAACACAUGUGGAAUGAGAAAAAUAAGAUUAACUUUCAGGAGAAAAACAACAAUAAGCGAAAGCAGGAAGAAGCCAUUAAAAGGGGGGAAGAGGUGGUCACUGAGGGUAAACACUUGUGAAUGGGCUCAAUGAGCAUGCCAGCCCCUGCGGAACACGUGUCCCCUCACCAGCACCAGCCCCCCUGUAAUCCAGGUUUCGCCAUUCGCUCCCAGUCCCUGCACUCCGUGGGAGGAGUGGAAGAAGAAGGCAGCCCCAUAUCCCGUAAGCAGCCCCCACCCAAGCCCCGGCGGGACCCCAGCACUAAGCUCAGCAUCUCCUCUGAAGCUGUGGACUUCAGUCCCACCGGGUGUAAAGGCAAUGAUUCAGAGAGGUGUGACGGAACACAAAGCAGCAGUGAGGACUGCAGGAAAAUUCCCCCACCGAAGCCUAAGAGGAAUCCCAACACGCAACUGAGCACAUCCUUUGAUGAGUCUUACAUCCGCAAUCAUGGUAUAAAAGGUUCUCCCUCCAUAUUCUCAAGGGAUGGCCAGGCUCCUUCUCCUCCUCAGCAGCAAGGAGCACAGGACUCAGACUUAGAUGAACCAGUUUACAUUGAGAUGUCUGGGAACGUGGGCAGAGAACCGACCACUUGUAGUGAGGAAGAUGAGCCGGGUGAGGCUGUCUAUGAAGAGAUGAAGUACCCUGCCCUUGACGAGUUUGACUCACGUUCGGAUCUUUUGAGCUGUCGUUCGCAGUGUGCCACACCCUGCCCAACUGAGCUUGAUAUUCAUGCCCCCCUAAGCCGUUGUACCACCCCUCGAGGCACACCCAUUUGUGACAUUCCCGCCCCAUUCCCCAACUUGUUGACCCACAGACCACCUCUACUGGUUUUCCCUCCUGCCCCUGCUCAGUGCUCACCCAACUCAGACGAGUCCCCACUUACCCCUCUCGAUGUAGCAAAGCUUCCUAUGUUAGACAAUGGCUCUUAUUGCAAGUCACCAACCUCAUCUUCUCUGGAACCUUCUGGCUCUGCUUCUACGUCGCACCUAAGACGUACCGAGAGGGAGCUAACAGCCACUCCUACAAUAACAGUAUCUGGCCGAUCGUCGGCACCGCCAUUGCCCUGUGCCCUCUAUAAAAGUUCCUCCUCUUCCAACGGAUAUCAGCGCAGCCACUCAGCCUGCCCCUCACCUGUCAGUAUGGGCCGCUGCCUGACACCUCUUAGCCUCAUGCGGUCACCACCUUUUGAUGGGCCAUUUCCUACAGCAGGCCUUCCUCGCAGCGCCUCAGCCACACCUCAUGGGAAGGCAUCACCACCACAGGAUGCAAGCUCAGGGGGGCGGCAUCACAACUCUAUGCAGAACGUCUCAGUGGCACGCUCACGGACUCCCACUAGCCCACUAGAUGAGCUCACCAACCUCUUCACCACUGGCAGGAACAUGCUGAAAAAAAAUACCAGCAGCAGAAAGAGCAAGGAGCCGGGAGAAAUUGAAACCAGGGGAAAGGGUCACAGUUCUGAGUCCAAACGGGAGCACAAGGAGAGGAGCCAUCACAGCAAAGAAUCGAAGCGAGAUAAAGACCGCAGCAGCAGUGGCAAGUCCUCUCAUCGACGGGACAGCAAAGACAAAGAGCAAAAUUGCAUCGAGGCCUUAUCUCGACAUGACAGCAAGGACUGUGGCUACAGUAAUGCUGAACCAUUAGCCAGAAGGGACAGCAAGGACAGUGGAUGUAAUGGCCCAGAGCAGGGGCCCCAACAAGAAAGCAAAGAUCGAGGGAGUAGCACUGAGUUACUGCUUCAACGAGAUAGCAAAGACAGGGGCUGUAGCAGUGCAGAACCUAUCACCAGAUGGGACAGUAAAGACCGAGGUUGUAUUGGUCCAGAGCUAUUCCCUAGGCAAGACAGUAAAGAACUGCUAAGAAAUGGUCAAGACACCCGACGUGACAGCCGAGAGAAAGUUUGCUAUGGGAUAGACCUUCCUCCCAGACAUGAAAAUAAGGAGCAGGGCAGAAUAGGCUUGGAAAGUCAACGAGAUAGUAAAGAUGGUGGCAAGCAUGGCAUAGAAUCUGUUCAGGACAAGGAAAAGAGUAACCACAGUGCAGAGAGCAUGCGGGGGAGCAAGGAAAGGAUCAGCAAUGGCAGUGAUGUCAUGAGCAGGUGGGACUGCAAAGAUAGGGGUGUACACACAACUGAGACUUUACCCUGGUAUGAGGCAAAAGACAGAAGCAACUAUAACGCAGAAUCACCCAAAGUACAGGACAAGGACACAAGGACUGGAUCUUCAGCCAUGGCGUCAUCCAGUCGUUCUGGACGAUCCUCCAUGAGUCCAAAUAUAAUAUUGGGGAACUCAAACUCUGACCUUAAGACAGUUUCAAAGGCAGGAUGGUCUUCUUCCACAGCAGUAGCACCAUCUCCAAUAGGCACACCUCAGAGACAGCCUUCUGAUGUCCAACAGAUGCCCCCUAUGCCAUGGCUAUAUGGUGACAGCACCAUGCUGGAGAUGAUCGAGAGGAAACAACGCCUUUGCCGGGAGAUACGCUCUCGUCAGCGGCUUCCUGAUCGUAGCCCACGCAAAAAAGAAAGCCUGCCUACGAUGCUCAGUUGGAAGAAAACAAACGGGGCGAAGAAGUACAGCCCACCCCCCUACCCAACUCAGACUACUGUCUUCUGGGACACGGCCAUUUGACUUGGUCUUGUGAGCACUUUAGGGUCAUGCUCUGCCCUUUAUUUUCAGGCAGGGUUGAAGCCAGUCAGAGUGUGCUCCCACCUGAGGAUGGGUGGGUGGGGUUAAUAUAGCAAUAUUUCAGAGGUUGCAGUUUAUGAGGUUUUCGUAUCAUUGUUAAUAUCUGAUAUUUUUAUACUCAGUGUGAUUCCUUAAUGACCUAGCAUCAAUAGAUAUUUUCUAAAUUAAACAGAAUAUCUUUGCAAAGAUUAUGUAGCAUUAGUCCAAUGUAAUUGUUGUUUUUCUACCUUUAAUUUAUUUCCAUUUUUUUUUUUUUUUUUAACAUCGCAAUACGCAGUCAGUAUCUUUUUAUCAAUAGCUUUGACUUAGCUUUCUAUUUCAGGACCUCUGGAAAUGACCUUUCUGUGGUAUUUUACCACUCUGAAUGAAUUCUGUUUCAACACUGGAUGUUAUGGUGAUUGGAUUAGGGCUAGCUUACUUCUCGCUGCCUUUCCACACAUUAUUAGAUCAUUUAUUUGAAUGUCUAAUAUUAAGAAAUAAACCAAUAAAGCAUUUCUCAAAAGUCCUUUGAGAAGGAUUUAAUUGUUUUUAACCACAAUCUUAUUUGUUCUGCCUUUAUUUUCUGUUGUGGUAGGUUGCAGAGAGUAUGACUCUGAUUUAAGGUCAGGUCAUUGCACAUGUUCUGUGUAAAACAGAAAAUGUCUCUUUUAAGGGAUGUUGUAACUGUUCUGUGUGUACAUGGUGUGUAGAACUGUAAAAACAAGGGGUGACCCUCUCCUUUUUGGGUCUGUGGCAAUAGCUGGCAGGUGCCAGUGAGAAUCCUUCAAAGUGCACAGCAAGGAUGGUCACCCAGAGAUAAAUGACAAUCUGGAAUAUCAAAGUUGUAUUUUUUGCAUCUCAGCAUUAUUGAAGAAUUGUGUACAUGGAUAAUUGUAAAACGAAAAGAUUUUUGUGCAAUGGUCUUGUAUAAUGACUGAGCCAUUAUUUAUCAUACAUUAAAGGGUUAGUUCACCCAAAAAUGAAAAUAAUGUCAUUUAUUACUCACCCUCAUAUUGUUCUACACCCGUAAGA